AUGCCCGUCGGCAACUUCGCCCGAAACAAUCCCGGGGCCCUUGGCGAGCUUCAGCAUAAUCAGCAGGAGCCGGCUCCUCGACCCUCACCGCGUAAAUCUCGAGACGAACGCCGACCGGACCCCGAGCCAGAGAGCCGCUCAGACUCACCUACUAAGAAGAGCUUGUUCCUGAGCAUGAAUAAAUCGCGCGAAUCCUCUCCAACUAAGAGUCCGAAGAAGGCGAAAUCUGGAACCAGCCUCACGGGGCUUCUCAGCCGACCCAAGACGGUUAAGAACCUGCAUAAGCUGGUGACAGAUGGUGAUGAAAUACGGUCAGGGAAGGACAAAGAGAAUAGAACGCCGGUUGAGCCGCCGCAUAGUGCUACGUUGCCCGUUUACGCUCAGUUCGCCAACAAUGAAUCCAUGAACUCCUUGCCGCCCCCUAGCCCAACUAGGAGUACUAGGGAGUCCUCAGAGAGACGCUCGAUGGCUAAGGAACGACCGCGCACUUUCAUGUAUCCUACCAGAUCGCAGCAAGACAUUAAGAAGUCAUCUAUAAAGUCGGAUUCGCCCAACGGGACCAAGUCAGACUCGUUCAAGGGUAAGUCUAUCCGAGAGCGAGGCAAAGUCUUUGGCACCUUUGCUAGCUUCGGCCAUGGCCGAUCCAAGUCGGAGACGUCGACUCCUCGAGCCGGCUCCCCUUCAGCAGCUGGUCCUGUACUGGACUUAAAGGACAUCAACAAGCAGCUCGAGGCGCUCUUAGACCGCCGAAAUAUUCCAGAAAACCAGCGCUACAAGAUGCGAAACUUGAGCGAUACGAUUAAGAUGGAGUUCAUUCGACAAGACUGGGCCGAAAUGCGAGCCGCCAAGCUAGAGCGCAAACAGAACCGCCCUCGAACCAGCAUGAGCAGUAGCGUUAACGGCGCUGCCGUCGCCUCUACUUCCACAUCAGCCGUCGUCUCCGAUGCCGAGGAGGAAAAGCCGAAGCGAACCCGCGGUCGGAGCUUCACUUUCUCUCGCGCGAAGAAGGAGAAGGAGCAAGAGAAAGAGAAAGGCCGUUCAACUUCAAAAAACCGUUCGGUAUCGAAAAACCGUUCGUCGUCUAAAAAGUCCAGUAAAGGAGAAAGCACGCUGGGCCGCCAUUUCAGAAACAAAUCGGCCGACAGCGUAGCCAGCGACAACAGGCCAACCUCGAGCGCCAACUCAUCUGCUAGUAGCGGCCUGUUGUCCAAGAUCAAACUCCAGCAAGGCCCGGCUGAUUAUGUUGCGUACUUUAGAAAAGUGCGCCAGCCGCAGCAGGUGGAAGUUGGCAAACUCCACAAACUAAGGCUCCUGCUGCGGAAUGAGACCGUCGCCUGGAUUGAAGAGUUUAUCCAGCAAGGAGGAAUGAAAGAAAUCGUCGGGCUGCUAAAUCGCAUUAUGGAGGUAGAAUGGAGAGAGGAGCACGAGGACGCUCUGCUUCACGAGAACUUAUUAUGCCUCAAGGCCCUCUCUACAACAGCCAAAGCAAUGGAGUAUCUCCACUCUGUCCAGGCCGACCUCUUUCCGAAACUAUUACACAUGCUUUUCGACCCUGAGAAGAAGGGCCCUAGCGAAUUCACUACGCGCAAUAUCAUCACAUCUGUCUUGUAUACGUAUAUCGAGUCUGCCUCCACUGCCGAGCGUGUUAUCAGGGCUAGAAGCAUCCUAAGACACCUGCGAGAUCCAGAACCGGAUGAAUCUAACCGACCACUUCCAUUCGUUUUGGAAAUGAGGCAAGAACGGCCUUACCGAGUUUGGUGCAAGGAGGUCGUCAGCGUGACCAAAGAAGUCUUCUGGAUCUUCCUUCAUCACCUCAACGUGGUCGCGCUAACGCCGGAGACAGACAACUCAGGUGAUGUAGCCAUGGGCCGGCUUACCAACAACGAAGACCAGCAGUAUGCAUACAUGCGCCGCCACUUCCCACAAGAAAAGGCCCCAGUACCCGCUGCCCCUUAUGUGGGCGGCGUGGAGUGGGACGCGACCAAUUAUCUCGCGUCUCACUUGGACCUGAUGAAUGCCAUCCUGGCAUGCACCCUCACCACGGAAGAGAGGAACAAGCUGAGAGCCGACCUUCGCAUCUCUGGAUGGGAGCGGUGCAUGGGGGGCAGCUUGCGACUAUGCAAGGAGAAAUUUUACGGCAGUGUCCACACAGGACUCAGGACGUGGGUGGCUGCGGCAGCGGAGGAUAAAUGGGACGUCAAGGACGUCAGAUACGGGCCGCCUGCUGAUGCCCGAUCCCCAGUAAAAUCCGGCGUCCAGCGAAAGAAGGUUGAGGACGCGCCAAAGAUCGACAUGCCGAAGCUUGACUUUGGAUCCAACAAGGUGCAGCAGACAAAGACACAGCCACGGACACAGACACAGAUACAUUCACAGAAAAAACCUCCUCCAAAAGACGGGUGGUUAUCAUGA